UAUCUGGUAUUCGAGCUGUUAAAAUCUACGCAUGGGAGAUGAACUUUACAGAAGCGAUCAAGCAACUACGGAGGAAAGAGAUGUGGUUCAUCAGAUUGCGUGGACUCAUUAUAUGCAGCCUAUAUUCCCUAGUUUACACUUGUGCACCACUCGCUGGCUUCAUAGCUAUUGCUAUCUUGAUCACAACUGGCGAACACGUUACUGCUUUUAAAACGUUUACAAUCUUAUCCAGCCUUAACGUCAUAAAUUUUUGCAUCUGUGUCCAGAUGGCAUGCACUUUGCACUUCGUUGCUGAAGGUUAUAUUGCUGUCAGGCGCAUCGAGCAAUUCAUGUCCAGGGAAUAUGGUAUAUCAUCUGCUCAGCUCGACCAACGCGUUACGUUUGGUAAACAACGUGGUCCUAAUGGCUGCUUUAGUGUCAACUUAAAGGCAAGUCGAUAUGGAACAGGAAUUGUCAGACUAGAAAGCUUUAAAGUCGGAGAUCCUAAUCUGCUUUACGUUUUGAGAAAAAGGACUUUGUCUGAUACAGAUAAUAAUGAUCUAUCUCUAGUGUGUGUUUCGGCUUCUUGGGAUAGGCACGAAGACAGGAAAGCUUUAAGAGACAUUUCAUUUUCUGUGAGCAGAGGACAAAUGCUUGCCGUAACUGGACCAGUGGGAGGUGGAAAGUCGUCUCUCUUGAUGGCUAUUCUUGGAGAGUUGCCUACUUUAAAUGGAAGUGUAUCAGUUAAUGGAAGAAUUGCGUAUCUUUCUCAAAUGCCCUGGGUCUUCUCAGGUACUAUACGAGACAACAUCUUGUUUGGAAGAUCUUUUGAACCGAGACGCUAUCAAGAAAUUGUAGAGGUUUGCUGCAUGCAGGCAGACCUACACAACUUCCCACAAGGGGAUUUAACAGAGAUAGGACACCGUGGCGUUAGUUUGAGUGGAGGUCAGCGGGCUCGUGUAAGUUUAGCACGCGCGCUAUACUCGGACGCCGACAUCUACUUGUUGGAUGACCCUCUCAGUGCCGUGGAUGCCAAAGUUGGAAAGCAUCUCUUUGAUCGCUGCAUUUGUGGAUUUCUUUCAGGUCGAACCCGUGUUUUCGUUACGCACCAACUGGACUAUUUAGCUCAUUUAGAUAGCAUCAUUGUGCUGAGGGAAGGAGCUCAAGUAAACGAAAGAGUUUGUCUUCAUGAAUUCGAAAAGUCGAGAUCUUUUAAAUUUUCUGACGUCGACAGUGUCGCUUCAGGAGUCGAAUUCGUAGCACAACCUCAUCAUUAUCACGAUCAAUCCCAUGGUAACGGGAUUGAGGACUUGAAGGAAGAGGAAGAAGAUAGAAGUACUGGUUCCAUUACUUGGAAGCUCUACUGGAACUUCUUCCGGACAUCUCUGGCAGCUCCUGUAGUCUUUUGUCUUUUCCUCUUUGUUCUUGGCGUGAAUGGGUUACUUGCUGCCUCUCACUGGUGGGUGUCUCAAGUGUCGGAGAUGGAUCGCGAAGAGCAACAAUCAUUUAGGACAUUAGGCAUUUACGGCUGUUUCGUUGGAUCAAAUUUCCUGGCCAACUUAACUGCCUCGUUUCUAUUUUAUUCAACACUUCUUAAAGCCUCUGAAAUACUGCACAACAAAAUGGUAUGGUCUGUCAUUAAGGCACCGGUGCUCUAUUUUGACAAAACUCCUGUUGGACGUAUUUUAAAUCGCUUUUCCAAAGACAUUGGCAAUAUGGACGAUGUCCUGCCUCCUGAGUUCUUGCUUGCAGUGGAAGUUUGUUUAUUUUCAAUAAGCAUAGUCCUACUUCCUGUCGCAGCAAACUUUUGGCUUAUUUUCGUUGCUAUUCCUCUUGUUUUAACUGCGCUUUAUUAUGGCCGAUAUUAUCUGAAGUCUUCCAGGGAGAUUAAGAGGCUGGAAGCCAUUACAUGCAGCCCAGUUUACUCACACAUUUCAGAGACAGUUGCGGGACUCGAAACAAUUCGUUCAUCACAAAUGGAGCAAAGUUUUUUGAAGAGGCUCUUCAAAUACCAGGAUGAGAACACUUCAGCAUUAAUCAUGGUAAUAACCAGCACUCAGUGGCUUAGUCUUCGCAUGACUCUUGUCUGCAGUCUUAUGACAGCUGCUGCAGCUUUCGGGGCGGUCCUUGCUUCCCAAAGCUCAGCCCCAGCUGGUAUGUCCCUUGCUUUCUUGCUGGAAUCAUUAGAUGAAGUUCAGUAUGGUAUCAGAGCGUGUUCUGAAGUUGAAAAUCUCAUGACGUCAGUAGAAAGAGUUAUUUCGUACGCUGGUUUGGAAGCAGAGCCCGGAUACAGCACACAGAACCAUCCGCCUGAGUCAUGGCCACAGAGUGGAAGCAUAGCCAUCAGAAAUUUGUCCUUAAAGUACAUUGAAGGCGGUCCUCGUGUGCUGAGGGAAGUCAACGUAUCGGUUACCGACAAGGAGAAGAUAGGUGUGGCAGGCCGAACAGGAGCUGGCAAGUCAUCCAUUGUUGCAGCACUUUUGCGUAUGCCAGAACCAGAAGGGCAGGUUUUUAUUGACGAUGUCGACAUAAGAAGCCUUAAUCUUCAAAGGGCUCGACGUUCCAUGGCCGUGAUUGCCCAAGACCCGGUACUCUUUGGAGGUAGCUUGAGAAGAAACAUGGACCCAUUCUCAAGCUACACAGAUCUGGAGCUAUGGUCUGCCCUUGAAGGAGUGCAGUUAAAGGAAAAGGUGGAGAAACUUCCUGGACAACUAAAUUACCAACUUAAAGAGGCAGGAUCUAACUUCAGUGUUGGUGAGAGGCAGUUAGUGUGUUUGGCUCGUGCUCUGGUCCAGAAAAGCAAGGUCAUCAUCAUGGAUGAAGCCACCGCCAAUGUGGAUUUCAAGACUGAUCGUCUGAUCCAGGAUGUGAUUCGUGACAAGUUUAAGGAUUCCACAGUGCUAACCAUUGCUCAUCGACUAAACACGAUCAUGGACUAUGAUAAGGUGCUGGUUCUUAAUGGUGGACGAGUGGUGGAGUUUGACAAAUACCAGGAUGAGAACACUUCAGCAUUAAUCAUGGUAAUAACCAGCACUCAGUGGCUUAGUCUUCGCAUGACUCUUGUCUGCAGUCUUAUGACAGCUGCUGCAGCUUUCGGGGCAGUCCUUGCUUCCCAAAGCCCUGUCAAGAUGUCGCUUCAGGCGACUCUUGGACGACUCUUGGACGUUAUGGCUUUAAAAUAG